CGUAAAUGAAGCUCGACAAACCGACGUGACAUAACAAUCAAGCAGCCGAGAGGAGAAGUGCAGUCAUGUCUGUUGUGCGGUUUCUCUGUCUCAGCAGAAGAGCCGGUUCUCUGAGUCUGAACCGCGUCCGAACAGAUUGUUCUCGAGCAGCCAGUGGAGCGGUCAAGGACAAGGAGACGCUGAAGAAAUACAAGACUCCACAGGGACGAUUUGAUCAUCCUGAAGAGAAGAGUAAAGAUGCUCUGUCAAAGUUCCCUGAUGAUGUGAACCCUGUCACCAAGGAGAAGGGGGGCCCGAGGGGUCCAGAACCCACACGCUAUGGAGACUGGGAGAGAAAGGGUCGCUGUGUGGAUUUCUAGUGCGUUACUCAUGUGUAUCAUAAUUAUAUAAUGAUAUUGUUGUUGUGCACUUGAAGUGUACCUGACAUGUGUCCUUUGUUUGGUUGAAUAAAUGUAAAUACAUAGUG